CUCUCAUCCCCUCCCUGCUCUCCCCCACCUGCCCCUCCCGGCCGCUCCUGCCGUAUUCUCGGGGGAUCUCGGGCGGCCGCGGCUCCUGCAGCAUCUCUGGGCAUGGGGCCGUGCGGGGCGCUGCGGGCGGGGGCCGGAGCCACCGUUGUUUCUGCUUAGGGGCCGGUGCCGAAGCCGGAGCCGGAGCCGGAACGGAGCCGGAGCCGGAGCUGGAGCCCGACCAGGAACAGAAGCAGGAUCCGGAACCAGAACCGGAGCCGGAGCCGGAGCCGGACCAGGAGCCGGACCAGGAGCGCAGCAGCCGAGCUGGGACCGCGGAGACGUGUGCGCUGCAUGGCCCGGGGAGGCAGCCGGGGGAACAGAGCUCAGGACAGCGCCCAGGGAGGGGCCCAGCAGCAGCUGCCCCUUUAGCCAUCAAGGGUGAGGAGGGGGCGGACGAGAUGCUCUGAGGCUCCGAUUAGGACCAUGAAAGGCCUCAGUGGGGACAGUCGAGGUCGCCACCUUUCCGACAGCCUGGAGCCACCACCCCCGGAUGCUCUGUUCCCUGGAUCUGACCGGAACCCCUACCUGCUGUCUCCAACGGCAACAGUGACAGCUGACCCCUUUUCCCGUGAGUCAGGAUUCCCAGGAGCCUCAACUGCUGUGCCUGGGGAUACUCUCUUCCCUCUGCCCAGCCCCCUGCCCACCAGUGGAACCUUCCCUCGCCUCCACUAUAAUUCCCACUUCGAAGUCCCUGAGGAGGGCCCCUUCCCAAGCCAUGCCCAAGCCACCAAGAUCAACCGGCUGCCAGCCAACCUCCUGGACCAGUUUGAGAAGCAGCUGCCCGUACAUCGUGACGGCUUCAGUACUCUUCAGUUCCACAGGGCAGAGCCCCGGCCGCGAGGGGAAAGCCCCGGGCGCAUCCGUCACCUGGUCCACUCAGUGCAGAAGCUCUUCUUUGCCAAGGCUCAGUCUCUGGAGGGUGGUGGCCUUAAGGGCAGUGGCAAUGGCCGCAAAGGGGGAGCUGGGGGCGGGGAGACCGGGAAGGGCCGGAGGGCCAAGGGCAAGGAUUCAGCCAAGACAGCCGAGCCCAAACGGAGGAGCCGAUCCAACAUCUCAGGCUGGUGGAGCUCAGACGACAACCUGGAUAGUGGCAACAGUGGGGACUGUGGUUACCGGCCCCCGGCGGGGCUGAUGACACUGGGUCGGCAGCCGGAACGGGCACAGCCACGAUACUUUGUCUACAAUACCUUCAGUGAGCACAUGCUGAAAGCAGCCAAGAACAACACUGAGCUCCCCCGAGGAGGAGCAGGAGGAGCAGGAGGAGCAGGAGGGGGAGGAGGAGGAGGGGGAGGAGGGGCACCCCCACCUACCAGCCUGCCUGCCAGCACAGAGGCUAGCUACGGCAAACGCGGCUCCUGGUCCACUCUGACCCUCAGCCAUGCCCGGGAAGUCUGCCAGAAAGCUUCAGCUACCAUUGAUAAGGCCCUGCUAAAGUCCAAAUCUUGUCAUCAAGACCUGGCCUACCACUACCUUCAGGUGCCCCCAAGUGAGUGGAACAGUUCCCUCUCCAGGACGGGUGCAGACAGUGAGAUUCCUUGCAGACGCAUGCGCAGUGGGAGCUACAUCAAGGCCAUGGGCGAUGAGGACAGCGAAGAUUCGGACACCAGCCCCAAGCCAUCCCCCAAGACAGCUGCCCGCAGGCAGAGUUACCUCAAAGCCACCCAGCAGUCGCUGAGUGAGCAGAGCACCACCCACAGGAGCUUAGAUCGCCUUGAUUCUGUGGACAUGUUGCUACCCUCCAAGUUCCCGAGCUGGGAGGAGGAAUAUAAUCCCAUUGGCAAUAGCAUUACCGAGUCCAGUUGCAUCAAUCAGAUCUUUGGACAGGCCUCAUUUGUGCCUCAGAUAUUUUCCCAUGAGGAACAGGUCAGGGAGGCAGAGCUGAGUGACCAGUACGAGGCUGCCUGCAGUGAGGCUGAGUCCGCCACUGCUGAUGUUCUGGACUUGCCUCUCCCCAGCUACUUCCGCUCUCGGAGCCAUAGCUACCUUCGGGCCAUCCAGGCGGGCUGCUCCCAGGAUGAGGACAGCAUUUCCCUCCAGUCCCUCUCUCCUCCACCCACAGGUAGCAGCCUGAGCAGCAGCCGCACACUGCCCAGUUCAUCAUGCCUAGUGGCGUAUAAGAAGACACCGCCUCCUGUCCCUCCCCGGACCACCUCGAAGCCGUUCAUAUCAGUUACCGUCCAGAGCAGCACCGAGUCGGCCCAGGACACCUACCUUGACAGCCAGGACCACAAGAGCGAGGUCAACAGCCAGUCUGGGCUGAGCAAUUCCUCCGACAGCUUGGACAGCACCCGGCCCCCCAGCGUGACCCAGGGCGGUGGAGGAGGAGCUCAGGCCCGGGAGGCACCAGAGUUACCCCAAAAAAAUGCAGCUCUGAAGAACGACAAGGGAACGUUGACGAGUGAGGAGCCCAAGGCCGAGACCGCCCCCAAAAGGAAACUUUCGUCUAUAGGAAUACAAGUUGACUGCAUUCAGCCAGUGCCAAAGGAAGAGCCACCUCCCGCUACCAAAUUCCAGUCCAUCGGGGUACAGGUAGAGGACGAGUGGCGGUACAGCGGCGCGCCUCACAGCAUGUCCUCCAAGCGGGACACUGACUCAGACACACAGGAGGCCAACGACUCCAGCUGCAAGUCCUCCGAGAGGAGCCUGUCCGACUGCCCGCCGCACCACAACUCCAUCAACAUCGAUGCCAGCCCCCGGCCCUCUGCCAAGGCCUCCCAGAUCAAGCGCAACCUCUCCUAUGGAGACAACACUGACCCGGCCCUCGAGCCUUCCUCGCUCCCCCCGCCCGAUCCCUGGCUGGAGACAACCUCCAGCUCUCCCCUGGAGCCUUCCCCACCCGGGGCCUGCCGGAGGGAUGGCUACUGGUUCCUGAAGCUGCUUCAGGCAGAGACAGAAAGGUUAGAAGGAUGGUGCUGUCAGAUGGACAAGGAGGCCAAAGAGAACAAUCUCUCUGAAGAAGUCUUAGGGAAAGUCCUCAGUGCUGUUGGUAGUGCCCAACUAUUGAUGUCUCAGAAAUUCCAGCAGUUCCGGGGUCUUUGUGACCAAAACUUGAACCCUGACUCCAACCCCAGGCCCACAGCCCAGGAUUUGGCUGGGUUUUGGGACCUGUUGCAGUUGUCCAUUGAAGACAUCAGUAUGAAGUUUGAUGAGUUAUACCACCUUAAAGCAAACAGCUGGCAGCUGGCGGACCCUCCUGAGAAGAAGUCUCGAUCUAAAGGAAGAGAAGAAACCUCCCCCUCCUGUGCCAAAGAAGCCGGCCAAGUCUCGAACAGCUCUGAACCGGGACAAGGCCUCGGACUCUGGGGACAGGCAGCGCCAGGAAGCCCGAAAGCGUCUCCUGGCCGCCAAGAGAGCCGCGUCAGUGCGGCAGAACUCCGCGACAGAGAGCGCGGACAGCAUUGAGAUCUAUGUCCCGGAGGCCCAGACCCGACUUUGAGCCAACGAAACGGAAAAGGGAAGGAACACAAGCAAUUUUUAAAUCAUUAAAGAGCAAAUGAAAUACUCCCA